CGUCAUUGCUUGUGAACACAGAUCUGUCUGGUAAAGUUUGCUACUUCUCGCGAUUUCAUAGGUUUAUAGUGCCCCUUUCCUACCAACAAUCUCCUAUUUCGAAUAGAGGGAACUCGGCACCUUAGUCACUGCCUCCUGAUAUGGAUGGCGUUUCAUUACCCAGGGACUUAAUAGGAUAUCUGGCGAUACUUCGCUCCCGUUUAGCUGAAUGUCUAGUAUUCCCUUUGGAGUGUGGCGUUCCAUGUUAGAACCAUGUACCUUAAUAUAUGUUGUCUCAACGUACAGUAGUACUUCAUGAAUGUGAUACCAACACUGACGUCACUGCUACCAUAUAUAUUGGGGGUAGAAAGGGAGGGGCCCCAAUAUUUCUCAAAUAGGAAAAAUUAUUCAGGGCUUGUACUCAGCUUUAUUACGCACUUCACUACACAGGGAAACAGAGCCAGGGAAGGUCUACCUGAUAAAGCAACGAUUCUUGCUCCAUACACUACGUCACUGCCGGGGAACUAGGCCAGCUAUCCUAGGUAAAUACUUGACCUCAUGGGGGUUAUUGGUAUUAACGUCAAGCACAUAUGUGCAGGAUACAGAACCAUACCCGCCGGAUGAUCCUCUUUUUAUUUUGUGGACUCGAGUAGAAAGAAGGGUAAAAAGCAAACAGAAAUCCCCUGUUGAAUCUCCAACCUCGUUCAACAUUUCUACCCAGCUCCAACAGCUACAUAAAUUCCAUCAGAAGUAAGAAGCCUUCGGCGCAGAACUCCCUUGCCCGCGAACAUAUUUAUUGUCUCGAGACGUUGAGGGUUGCAGGAGUCGGAAAUUAAAGAGCAUAGGCUGUGGAACAAAAAACCGAAACAAGGGAGAAGAAGCCAUAUCAGAAUGCAUCGUCUACCCCGAACAGUCAUCCCGCGGCUGAGGCUGCAACCAUCACGAGCCACCUCUUCGCAGUGGUUCUCGCCAGCGACGGCAUCAUAUCAACUUGGAUUCCAGGAUGGAAGGGGGGUAAGAAGAUAUGCCAAUUCCGAAGCGUCAUCGACUAAAGAGGGGAAGGAGAAGGGCGCCGCAUAUGGUAGCGGGGAUGAUGAUAGUGAUAACCAACAUUACCACCGCAAACAUGAACCACCUCCCGAGCGCUCGGAACCAGAAUCCUUCUCAGAAGAGUUCGAGCACCGGAUUCCAUCCAACAAGGCUCAUCCCACGCUUAGUGACGAAUAUCAACACAGCGGCGCCGAUCCGCAGCAUCCCAAACGUCCUUCGAAAGAGGAGCUAAGCCCUGAGGACCAAAAGAAACAAAAAGAAACUGAGAAGGAUGUAAGGAAGCAUAACGAGGAUAUGGAGAAGAGGUAUGAUAGGGCUUAUGGUCAACUUGAUAACAAGGGAGAGUUUAGAUCGUUGGAGGAAGAAGUUGAGCAAUUCAAGAAUCGGGGGAAAUAAUGCGAGGAUUGCUGGGAGUGAUCUUGGAUGAGAGAUCCGUGCUAAAGAGAUUGGGCAAGCAGUUAUGCUUUACCUGUUGAAAAUGGAUUCUCACAUGGCAUGGACUGGUCCGCUUUUAAUUCGAUGGGUCUUCUUCUGCUGGGCGGUCUCCAUUUUUAUUCUUCGGCGUUCCUUACUGCGGGUUGUUGGUUCGUUGAAUAACUGACCAAAAUUGUCAAUGGAAAAAGCGACAUUACGUCCCAGAGAAAAAUGGAUGAGGCACUUGUUCCUGUCUUGGAUAAAUCCGAGCUAUUUUUCGCAUUGUAUCAUUGCGGUGCCAUGCUCAAAGCAAGCAAAGAAAUAGCGCAGGGAAACCACGGAGAACGAAGGAUUCUGUACAAAAUGGUAUUAUAUGGAGUGUUUAAGCUAGUAACACAUCAAUUUAUAUAGGUAUCAAAUCGAAUGCCCACAUAAAGCUAGCCAGUGCUCUGCAGCAACGGGGUCUCUUCGGAAGGAUGGUUCUCGUUGUCGCGAUGAGCCACGAUCCCAUUGGCCCUAGAUUCCGUUCCCGGAGCAUCCCCGGGGCUUACAUCGGUCUCUGCUUUCGAUGGAUUGACAUACUCGAAAUAGAUCCCCAUAAUGAGUAACGUUCCCUGCAACAGGGCUGUGACCACGUACACCCCCCAUGAACUCCAGCCCUCCGUACCCAGACGUGCUGCUAGGCUAGCCGCCCAAACUAGACUACCUGGGGUUUGGAUGCACAUCAUCGGAAUACUCAGGCUACCGACGCGACGGAGACGGAAGGUCGUAUAGAUCUGGGGAAAGUACUGGAUGGACGCUAGGACGGCUGCGCAGAUGCCGAAAAUAUUUGCGCAAAAUUGACGCUGGUCUGAAUGUGCAACGACAAUAAUUAUGACAACGACGGCCGUUGCGAUUGUCUGAAGAAUGCAUAUUGCAGCGACUAUGAGGGCUAUUCUGAAGGAGGGGGAUGAGGGUUUGCUAAGAAUGGCAGGGGUCGAGCGCGGAAAGUAAAUGACAAAAAGGAAAAGGCUAAAUAUUCGGUCGUUUUAGUAUAUCCAAUGAGCCACUAAGUUGUAUCCAUCUUCUUUUGGCGGGAGGAAUACGGAUAAGAAGGUACGGUUUCAUCUCACAUUAUUGUAAAGCAAAGUGCUUGGACCCCGACCUGCAAUAUGCCCAACAGCCCAGCAAAACAGGAGAAUCCAUUAAUCUCUUUGCAGCAAGCAAUGUCCGCUCCACUUCUUGGGAGCACAAGUAUAUUUGCAAAAGAAAACGUCCCCGAUGUAGUUCCUAAUAGAAUAAAAUAUGGGGAUAUUCCAAAGGAAGAUCGUCGCGA